AUGUUUACACUUUACAACAUUUUUUUAUAUUUUUUUCUUUGUUUUUGGAAUUUCAGAGUAAAUUGAUGUUUAAAUGCUUUUCACCUGUUGAUACAGGAUAAUCCCCAGGACACGGAGUGUUUGGGUCUGGGGCCUUUCCCUAAUAAGCGCCCUCUGCAUUGUCUUCAUCAGCAUUCCAACAUUAAAAUUUCUGUGCAGUUUCCUGCCGAUGGAAAAAUGUUCUUUGGAGAGUUCAAGGAUGCUGAACCUAGACAACAGAAUUGAUGCCAACUUGGAUCUUUUUUCAAGACAAGAUGUACAGACGUGCACAACUUGGAAAGCUCCAAUCAUCUGGCAGGGAAUGUUUAAACCUGAUGAUUACGACCAGGAGCACAAAUCACAAGGAUCUUCUGUUGCUCUGACUGUGUUUGCUAUUGGAAGGUACUUGGAUGUCUACCUCAAAGACUUCCUGGACUCGUCAGAGCAGCACUUCAUGCUGGGCUUACCUGUGACGUACUAUGUCUUCACGGACACUCCAGAGAAGGUGCCGAACAUCAAACUGGACCCUCAGCGAAGCCUAAAAAUAAUCCAAGUAGAAAGGCACAAGAGGUGGCAAGACAUCUCAAUGAUGCGAAUGAAGUCUAUAUCCGACCAAAUAGAGUCCGAUAUUCGCCACCACUCCACACACGUCUUCUGUUUUGAUGUCGAUCAGCUGUUUACCGGGAGAUUCGGCCCUGAGGCUCUGGGAGAGUCAGUCGCUCUGCUCCACGCUCACUUCUACCGCCUGCCAAAGUGGUUAUUCACCUAUGACCAGAACCCAAAGUCCAGUGCAUACUUGGCGACGGGGGAUUUUUACUACCACGCGGCAGUUUUCGGAGGCUCCUGGAGAAACGUAAAGGCCUUGGCCGAUGCCUGCCACAAAAGCAUCAUGGAGGAUAAGCAGAACAACGUGGAGGCUAUCUGGCACGACGAAAGCCAUCUGAACAAGUACUUCUGGCUCCACAAACCCAGCAGGGUUCUGUCUCCAGAGUUCUGCUGGGACGCCAGUAUAGGAAAAAGAAGCGACAUUCAGGUCCGCAGACUGAUGUGGGCACCAAAGUAUUACAACAAACUACGCAUAGCUUAGGUUUUCUGUUGACAACUAUUUAAAUAUCCUGUGCUUUUAGCAUGUUGUUGUGGCAUUUUUCUCAUCAUGGAGGACAUAUAAUAAGAAAAUUGGUUUUAACAUUGGAUUUUCUUAGUAUUCAAAUCGCUGUGAAUCAGGAGCAGACAAAAAGAUUGUAGCGAUGACAAAGACGCUACAACAAGAAGACACAAGCUUCCUGUUUUCCGAGCUGACUCAAACUGUACGACUGGAAAGCUGCAAUAUUGGUUAUUUUUGUUGCACCGUUAAUGUCAUUUGGGA